ACGCUCUUGUCAUCAUUUAAUGGCGAAACAACCAACUACCAUUUGACUGGCCUCCCCAAUCAUGGAGACACGCUUUUCUUGCAGGCUUGUUGGUUGGACGCCACAGUAAAAAGUGUUCAUCUCCAAAUCAAAAUUCUUAAACUCCUUUUUUUUUCUUUUCUUGUAAUACCCGUUAUUUUACUUGUUCUAAGUUCUAACAAGGAAUUUCUUCAGCCAUACAUCUUUUUUGGAUCAUAUACGAUCUGGGUUUUGAUGAAAACGGCAAAUGGUGGAGAAUUUCUAUUUGGAUAUUGAUUAUUUAAAUUUUUCAGGGAGAAUUCUAAUGUGGGUUGUUCUUGUUUCCAUGAAAAUUAAAUGAUUUUGAAGAAAAAGAGGGUGGAGUUUUGUUGGUUUUGGUUAAACGGUUCUGUGCAGAGAGAACAGGGUUGCUUCCAUUUCUUUCAACCACCUUUCAAUUCCUCUCAGAAAAGUUAGGCUUCUUCACAUUAUAACAAUUUCUUUUGGAUAUCAUUUUUGGGAAUUUGGUUGGGGUUGUUCGUUAUUUGAUUAUGAAGAAGAAAUUUGUACAAAAGAGAAGCAGGGGAUUUUCCUUCGGUUUUUGGAUGUCUAAUGAUUAUGGAAGAACCCGUUUGCAGUAUAGGAGGCUUUAAUAUGGCCCUGUAAAGCCAAGGGAAUUCUACAGAGAGGAGACCAUAAUCGUCUCUAAUAAUAACCUUUAACCUGUGGAAAUCAUGAGAUUUUUUAGCAUCAUGGGCAAUUCUUUUGGGUGCUCUGCUACUGGGGAGCGCCUGGUUUCUGCUGCUAGAGAUGGGGAUCUUCAGGAAGCCAAGGCCUUAUUGGAAUAUAAUCCGCGCCUGGCUAGGUACUCUACUUUCGGUGUUCGGAAUUCUCCCCUCCAUUACUCUGCAGCUCAUGGCCACCAUGAGAUUGUCUUUCUCUUGCUUGAAUCUGGAGUUGAUAUUAAUCUCAGGAAUUACCGUGGGCAGACUGCUUUGAUGCAAGCUUGUCAACAUGGUCACUGGGAAGUUGUUCAGACUCUAAUGAUUUUCAAAGCCAAUAUAUGCAGAGCAGACUAUCUAAAUGGGGGUACAGCACUCCAUUUUGCUGCCUUAAAUGGGCAUACCCGAUGCCUUAGGCUCCUCCUUAUGGAUUACGUUCCCAACAUUCCUGAUGUUUGGAAUAUCCUUAGGAAAAGAUCUACUAAACAAGAAUCCACAGAAGAAUUUGAUGAAGGUGCCCUCAACAAGAUAAUAAAUAAACCUGCUGAUGGAGGUCUCACUGCCCUCCAUAUGGCAGCACUAAAUGGACAUGUGGAGACUUUGCAAUUACUCUUAGACUUGGGUGCCAGCGUUUCUGAAGUUACUGUGGAAGAUGGUACAACAAUUGAUCUAAUUGGUGCCGGAAGCACUCCACUUCAUUAUGCUGCAUGUGGUGGAAAUAAACAAUGUUGCCAAGUUUUGAUAGCCAGGGGUGCCAGCCUAACUGCUGAAAAUGCAAAUGGAUGGACACCCUUAAUGGUUUCCCGUUCGUGGCAUAGAGACUGGCUUGAGGGAAUUUUAAGUGAACAGGCACAAGCCCAGCCCCAAAUUCUUCCUUCUCCGUACCUUUCUCUUCCCCUUAUGAGCAUUGUCAAAAUUGCAAGGUUGUGGCCAUGAGUUCUGCACUCAUUGUGCCUUGUAUCUCUGUUCCACCAACAGCACUUCGACUGCCACAAAUGGGCCUCCUGGCUCCAUUGCAUGCCCUCUCUGCCGGGAUGGCAUAGUUGCUUUUGUCAAGCUUCCAGGAAAUAGCCCAAGAAUCAAAGAAUUAGCUAGGAUGAGCAUGUCUUUGUCCUUCUGUGCCUGCUCGGCUGAAGAACCAGAGCCCACUUCAAUCUCAGCCCCCUUCUGCAAGUUAGACUACCAUUGUACCUGUAUUUCACCUAUUGGAUCCUCCUCCUUUCGGAACCUCGGCUGGCAGAAUUUCCCAUCAGUUAAGCUCAACUCUAGCCUUUGCAUGGGCGCACCUGACAGUAGUCCUUCCCUAGAUCCUUGUGACUCCAGACGGAGCCUGCGGAACCACUUGUGUAAGUGUUCAAGAUCAAGCUUACGAAGAUCAGCUUCACACAAUGAAAGUAGAAGGUCUUGGUUAUCUGUACUCAAUAUGUAAACAUUGGUGGUGGGUAUUAAUUUUUUUUUUUUUUGCUGGAAUGUUAAAUUUUUUCUCUGCUGGAAUGUUCUUUUAUUAUUUUAAGAUCAGAAUGAGUUGAUAAUGUAAAUACAUCAACAUCUACUUCCAUGUAAUACAAACUGAAAAUUCUCACAA